UAUGAAUUCUCAACAAUAAACUAAUCCAGAAUACUUUCCACCACCGACCUAUUAUUGCAAUAAGAAUGGACAUUAAUUAACCUGGAAAUCAAGUAGUGGUCAUUCAUGUGCAGAAUGUAAGAUUAAAAAUUGCAGAUCUCGUUAUUGGUGUUAAUAAUGUUAAGAAGCAUUCUGUUUGCAAUGCAUGCCUCCACCUCUAUUUGGAAUAAUGUGUGGAGCAGGACAUCCGUAAACUCUUAAUUACUAUUAUAAAGAAUGAAAUUGAGUACUGUGCCUCAUCAUGUAUGUGAUUACUGUAGUGAAACAAUUUAAAAUUAAGCACAUAGAUGUUAAAUCUGUGAUUUCGAUGUAUGUCCGAAUUGUCUACUGCAAAAAGAGGAUUGAUUUUUGU